GUGUGGAAAAAUAUGUUAUUGAUGCGGAGGCUGGAUAGACACAUAAGAAAAGAGGUCAACUGCGGUGAAGGUGGACUCAUCUUGACUAUGUGUCUCUACUCGGCGCGGGUCUGAACCCCAGAAUCUCUCAUUCUACAAUGGGUUGUGGAAGAUCGGCUCAGUACUUGGAACAAUCCUCCUGCAGCUGUUCAGAGAUCCGAGGAUAGGACCAAGACAUCGGACAGACACUGACUCAGCGCGCUCCUCAGCCAAACGAGCUGUGCGUAAAUGCGCUCGGAGACAAAAGCAGCACCCGGAGGAGCGUUUUAAUGUUUUUGUCCUCCAUCUUGAUAGUAAAUCGAUUUUUUUAAUUCAUCAUUGUCCCGCAAAGCGAAUGGAGUGAAGUGUACUUAAAAAAAAAAAAAAAGGGAGGAGAGUCAAGACUGCAGUUUGGUUGCGUGUGAUGAUAGGAGACACAAUGACGCUCUUGUCUCUUCUGGGUCGGAUCAUGCGCUAUUUUCUCCUCAGGCCGGAAACGUUGUUCCUUCUGUGCAUCAGUCUGGCGCUGUGGAGUUAUUUCUUCCACACCGACGAGGUGAAGACCAUCGUCAAGUCCAGCAGGGAUGCCGUGAAGAUGGUGAAGGGGAAAGUGGCGGAGAUGAUGCAGAACGACCGUCUCGGAGGCCUCAGCGUCCUGGACGCGGAGUUCUCCAAGACGUGGGAGUUCAAGAACAACAACGUGGCCGUGUACUCCAUACAGGGCAGGAGGGACCACAUGGAGGACCGCUUCGAGGUGCUCACCGACAUCACCAACAAGAGCCACCCGUCCAUAUUCGCGAUCUUCGACGGGCACGGUGGAGAGGCUGCAGCUGACUAUGCGAAGGCCCACCUGCCCGAGUCUCUGAAGCAGCAGCUGCAGGCCUUUGAGAAAGAGAAGAGAGACGGCGCUGUCUCGUACGCCAGCAUCCUCGAGCAGCGCAUCCUGUCUGUGGACCGCGAGAUGCUGGACAAGCUCUCUGCCAACCACGAUGAAGCAGGUACAACCUGCCUGGUGGCUCUGCUGUCCGACCGAGAGCUCACAGUGGCCAAUGUUGGAGACUCUCGGGGGGUGUUGUGUGACAAAGAUGGGAAUGCUGUUGCACUCUCACAUGACCACAAACCGUAUCAGCUUAAAGAGCGCAAGAGGAUCAAAAGGGCAGGAGGCUUCAUUAGUUUUAAUGGAUCUUGGAGAGUUCAGGGAAUCCUUGCUAUGUCCCGUUCCCUGGGAGACUACCCACUGAAGAACCUCAACGUCGUCAUCCCUGACCCUGAUAUAAUGACCUUUGACCUGGACAAACUGCAGCCAGAGUUCCUGAUUCUGGCGUCUGAUGGCCUGUGGGACGCCUUCAGUAACGAGGAGGCAGUGCGGUUUGUUCGCGAGCGUCUGGAUGAGCCUCACUUUGGCGCCAAAAGCAUCGUCCUCCAGUCUUUCUACCGUGGCUGCCCCGACAACAUCACAGUCAUGGUGGUGAAGUUUAAAAGUGGGGCUGGGGGGAGCAGCAAGGCGAGUGAGUAGGUCAGGGUUGAGUUUGGAGCUCACAGUAUGUACACUGAGGACUGUACCAUACAUAAGUGCAACACAUCAAUUAUAUACAUGCUAACAAGUGUACAAAUGAUGGCAUUUGAUUGAGUAAAUGACCUUUAAACAGAUAGCGUAGACAUUUUUUCUCUUUGAAUGAUCAACUCAAAACAACUGCAAAAGAAAACCUGCAGGAUUUUUCUCUUAACCAGCACGCGUCAGACUGUGAUUAGUUUACUACUCUUUAAUAUACAUGCACAUGAAUGAUACAGCUACAAAGGACAUUCUUCUUUUUUGUUUUAGAGGAGGCUAGAAGUUGUGCCUGCACAAGAAUUACUGUGCAAUUGCAGGAAGGUGCUGAAAAUGCAACUGCAAAAUUGCCAUUUAGCUUGCUGCAUUUUGAUGAAG